AGAGCGAUGCCCCUCCAUCUCGAUCAGGCUCCAUAUAUAUAUAUAGCCCAGUUCCAAACAUCGAACACGUACGCUAGCUAGCACGAUCGAUCAUCGAUAUCGUAGGCGAGGCCACACGAUGAGCUGCCAAGAAGGCGCCAUGCCAGCGGCGGCGGUGGCGCAGCCGCACGUCCUUCUCGUGUCGUGCCCGCUGCAGGGCCACGUGAACCCGCUACUCCGCCUCGGCCGGCGCCUCGCCGCCAGGGGCAUCCUGGUCACCUUCACCACCCUCCGCCACGCCGGUCUCCGUGCCACCCACCGCGACGGCGUCAGCUCCGAGUUGUACCAGCUGCGCGACCACGACGGCGACCAGAUGAACCCCGAAGACAUGCUACGGCACGUCGUGGCUGAGGGCCCCGCGGCGCUGGCCGAUCUGGUCCGGCGCCAGGCCGACGCCGGCCGGCCGGUCACCUGCGUCGUCAACACCACCUUCGUGCCCUGGGCGCUCGACGUGGCCCGGGAGCUGGGCCUCCCCUGCGCCACGCUGUGGAACCAGUCCUGCGCCGUGCUGUCCCUCUACCACCACUUCUACAACGACGACGCGUCGUUCCCGAGCGCGGCGGACGACGCGCCGGUGGCGCUGCCCGGGCUGCCGCCCAUGUCCUUGGAAGAGCUGCCGCUCAUGGUUCGCCCCGAGUUCGCGCACAACCUCUGGGGCCAGAUGCUCCAGGCGCAGCUGCUGGAGGUUCAGGGGAAGCAGGCGCCGUCCUCCUGGGUGCUCGUCAACACCUUUUACGAGCUCGAGCGCGACGCCGUAGACGCGCUACGUGCAUGCGCCGUCGCCGCCACGCCCGUCGGCCCGCUCCUGGACGAUGAGCCGGCCGUGGCCGACGACGACGGCUGCGUGAUGGCGUGGCUCGACGAGCAGCCGCCGCGCUCUGUGGUGUACGUGGCGUUCGGCAGCCUGGUGGACAUCGGGCGGGGCGAGACGGCGGCACUGGCGGAGGGGCUGGCCGGCACGGGCAGGCCGUUCCUUUGGGUGGUGCGGGACGACCUCCUCCGCCUCCCGGAGCCCGUCCUCGCCGCAUGCCGCGGAGACACCGGCAGGAUCGUGCCGUGGUGCCCGCAGUGGCGCGUGCUCCGGCACGGCGCGGUCGGGUGCUUCGUGACGCACUGCGGGUGGAACUCCGUCACCGAGGCGCUGGCCGCGGGCGUGCCGGUGGUCGCGUACCCGUGGUGGUCGGACCAGUUCACCAACGCCAAGUUCUUGGUGGAGGAGUACGGGGUCGGCGUCCGGCUGCCGGCGCCCGUCACGCAGGGCGCGCUCUGUGCGUGCAUCGAGGAGGUGAUGAGCGGUCCGGAGGCAGAAGCGAUCCGCACGAGGGCGACGGCGUGGAAGGAGGAGGCGGCGGUGGCGGUGGCCGACGGCGGGUCCUCGGGCCGGAGCUUAGAGGCUUUCGUUGACUUCUUGCGGGCGCCCAUAGGAUCUCGUGGAGUUGACACGAUUAGCUCGCCGGCAAAGCAGGGAUCAGUCAGUUCGUUAUAAUUUCGCGGUGGCGCUGGAAUAAACCAUCUAUCACUUGAAGAACAUUUUUGUUGAGCUCCAACACGUUCACCGUCCGGCACCAUUCUAUGGAUAUUAUGCUCCUCGAAA